AUGUCGUCACUUUCCAAAUCCCAGUCAAAGAUCGAGAGCAUCCUGAGAGAUGGAUAUACCAAAGUUUUCCAGGGUCAUACGGUCUUCUUAACUGGGAGUACUGGAUCCUUGGGAGGGUGCAUACUGUUCAAGUUGGCACUACAACUCCCUACUUACAAAAUCUACACAUUGAUUCGCGGGAAACCAGAAGAAGCCAUUAAUAAAUGGAGAAAAUCAAUGCCAAAUCAGACUGAAGCCAUACUUGCCUCGCAAAAGAUAGAGUUUGUGAUUGGCGAUAUCAGAUCAGCAGACUUCGGAAUUCAACCAGUCAUUCUUGCAAAACUCCAGAAUGAAGUGACCAUCGUCAUCAACACAGCAGCUAAGAUAACACUGGAUGCAAGCCUAUAUGAUGCGUUUGAGAACAACUGUCUUUCAGCAUUGGAACUGGCUCGAAUUUCCUCCAAAUUUCGCCGUCUAAAGCUCCUGGUUCAGAUUUCAACUGCCUACGCCAAUAGCUUCCUACCCGAUGGCUCAGUACUAGAAAGGACGUAUAAAUUAUCUGACCAAGACCCAGAAGACGAAAUCGCAAAUAUUCUCGCAUCAAAUAAAUCGGCAUUUACAGCGCAGUUCUCCUCGAGCUACGCUCAGGCUAAGCACUUGAUGGAGCGACUUCUUACUCAACGUUUCCCACUUUUGCCAAUCCUUGUUGUACGUCCAACUAUAUUCGGCCAGUCACUCCGUGAUCCAUACCCACUAUAUGGACUUGAAAAUUCCACUCCCUUGAACAAGUUCUUUCAAUACUUCAUGGCCGACCGUGGAGCAACCCAAGUCUGGCAUUCCGCACAAGGCUAUCGCACGGGCGCAAACAUUAUCGACGAGAUUCCUGUUGAUUUCGUCGCCAACGCGUGUCUCUUACACGCAGCAGCUGGCACAACAGGGAUAGUGAAUAUUGGUUCUGAGCUGUACAAGGCAUUUACCUUUGAUGAUUACUUGGCUAUUGUUCACAGCAAUGCUCCACCGGCGAUUCGGAAAGAACUUCCUCGGAUUAUAUUCACGGAAGAUCGGUCGGAACCUCAGUGCUUUCUAGCGGAGCUGGUACAAGUUGCCUCCCGAAAUUGGCUUUUUGAUUGUGGUCGAUCGUAUUGGAUUAGACAAUUGGGUGGGCCUUUGAGCAUCCAGGUGUGCAAAUCUGAGGUGGAUGAUUUGAACAGGAAGCGGAUCAACCAGAUCUACAGACGGAGUACGGAGAAAGCUCAUCUGUGA